AUGGUUUUCAAAUUCACUAUAGAUAAUGUACUUAACAAAUACAUUCCUCGCAACAGACUUUCAAGACUUCCUCGUCCUAUAGCUCGUUUACUAGGUGCACAUAAAGAUAAACCCGCAGCCGACUAUUUCAUUUGGUUGGAAAUUCUUAUUGGAACAUUUGCCGGUGUAGCACUUUUGGAAGGGGUAUUUAAGAGUCCCAAUAUAUUUAGAGACCGACACCAUGCUCCAAUGAUACUUGCUUCAUAUGGUGCUUCGGCAAUUUUAUGUUUUAAUGCAUCGCAAGUACCCUUAGCACAACCACGAAAUGUACUAGUUGGCCAUUUUAUUGCCUCGGUGAUUGGGCUCUGCAUCCAAAAGUUGUUUAGUUUAAGCAAAACCGGACAGGAUCAUUACUGGGCAAGUGGUGCACUAAGUGUCGCUGUUUCAAGUGUUGCAAUGUCGAUUGGAAACUGCAUACACCCGCCCGCAGGCGCAUCAGCUCUUUUGCCCAGCAUCGAUGAGCAGGUUCGUGAGAUGAGCUGGUGGUUUCUACCAGUUCAGUUAGUAUCAAGUGUGUUGAUUUUAUCUGUUGCAUGCAUAACCGGGAAUGUAAUACGGCGUUACCCAGUAUACUGGUGGACACCUGCUGAUUUAGGUGGGGAAAAAGAAAACAAUCUUGAAGCUGACAUUGAAGAAGAGUCAAAAGAAAAGCCCGACAGUAUACUGAUUGAGCCAGGAAUAAAGACAAUAUUUAUUUCAAGUGAUAAAAUUGUUGUUCCUGAAGAACUAGACUUAGACGAAAUAGAUAUAGAUUGGUUGGACAGUUUAAAAUCGAAAUUGAAACAACUCGAAGACUAA